AUGGACGCCCUGUUCCACAGCGACUCCGCGUACGUUACCGUGGCGCUGUUCGCCUGCGGCAACGCCAUAGCCAUCCUGGCGGGCCUGGUGCUGCAGUGGGUCUGGAGCGUGCUGUCCACCUUUCGGGACCAAUUCCUGUGGGCGCUGCUGUGCUCGUGGGCGCUGAGGGACCUGAAGGACGGCAUCGUGCGGCGACUGGACUGGAGCCUCAGGGAGAGAUCGUUGCCACACUUCAUGCUGUCCCUGGCGCUCCUACCCUUCCAAGCGUUUGGCCUUGGUUUGACGUUGACUGGCGCCUCGAUGCCUCGGUGCGCGCGCGAGGACAGCACUGGGAGCACAGUCGGUGGUGUGAAAUCAGAGUGGGAUUCUCCACAACACACUUCCUCAAGCAGCUCUCAGUGCUUGGAGCCGAAAUCACAAAGGGUGGAUGAGGGCUCUUCUUCCAGCAUGCUCAUGGGCUGGCUCGUAAGAGUGACUGUGGCCUAUAGCCUGAUGUCAUGGAUGCGGGAGUUUUGGAGUUGGAACUGGGCUGGGCGCACCUUACCCAUUGGUGUUAUUCUGGCUUCCAUCAUCGUGCUUGUGUGCUUGGUCUAUUGGGUGCCAAUCUGUUGGAAGAGGGCUGCUUGGAGAUUGAAUCCUACAACUGAUGUUGGGGCUUCUGCCACACAUCCGACACUCAAAAGAUCGCAAGUGCUGCAAUUUGUGAGUGGCACACUACGCCAGGUGACAAAGGGUGUUCACAAAGUGGAUGCUUUUGUACGUUCUCGCCUGCGGUUACUUUUGGAUGGCCUUGUGUCCAUCGGACUAAUCGCGUGCCUUUUGAUGGGCUCAGUGCUGCUGGCUGCUUUUGUUUCUGUGCAAAUUGUGCAUGAAAGCAAAUUGGCAGUGGCACAAGUGAACCAAAUGGUGUUGAGGUCAAGCAACAAGACUGAUUUGGAGGGUGUCUGGAGCACAGUGCGGGUAUAUCAGGACAGUGUACUGGGCAUGGUGCAGGAGUUUUUGCCAGAUGUUACUCAAACGAUUGGGAGCAGGGUCGACAGCUUUCUGCAGGCGCACAACUUGACCCAGGUUGCCGUUUACGCAAAGCUCGUGUAUGGGCUGACUGUUGCUACACCCUGUGAGGGUGAUGAGAUGCACAAUCUGGCUGCGGAUGUGGCAGCUGCCAAUGCAGGACUGAGAGCCCUGCAGGAGGCACAGAGCCAGUUGAUGCAACAGGUUGAAAGCAGGCAAGGAGAGUUUUUGGCAGCAGCAACUCGAUGGGAGGCACUGAAGGCAGGGGGACAGUUCAGAAUCUUCCCUGGACUUCAUGACUAUGCAUUAAGCAUGGCUGGAAACGAACUGGUGGAGUCGCGACAACGUUUGAUGGAGGCGAACCAGAAGCUUGCGGAUGCACACAAGUAA